AAACACGCUCCACAGGCAGCAUAGUUGUUCGGUUGUAUCAGUUGUUGGAUUUUUGAGUAGGCAGGCGCAUAUCAUCGCAUAUAUCGUUAUGCAGUUCGUGGCCAAGUCGGUGUUGAAGAGCACAGACAAGGGCAUCGCCAGGGAGACCAAGACCAAAGAGCACGAUGAAGCGGGUCAGGCACAGCACACAUCAGCAGGAGAGAGAAGAAGAACCGAUCACUCUCACCUUCCUCUCUCUUCGCAUGCCUGAUGCCACGCAGGUUUGUUCACACGAGGUGACUCGCUAGUGAAUGAGCCUCUGGUGAAGCUCAAGGAGCACUACGCCGUGGAAGGUGCGGAGCGGAAGGAGAUCCUCAACAGGGUCAUCAAACCAAGGUGGGUGACACGAGCGCAUUGCCAAGACACGUUUAUGCGUCGUCAAGCAAAGCACAUGCAUCAAUCAUCCCUCGCUGGUGUGUGCUCUCUGUGUGUGUUUCAGUUCGUUUGAGCAGGAGGAGCCUCCGCGUGACCCGAACGACCCUGAGGAUGCCGUCACCAACGUAACACACACACACACGCUGGCUCGCUCACCUGAGGGAUGCCACCACAUCCAUCACACGCCGCCCAUAUGUCCGUCCGUCCGUCCAUUGCCCGGCGGUUGUGUGUGCAUUGAUUGAUUGCAGGAGUUCGCCCCUCCGCCCGUGACGGCAGGUGAGUACGAGUUUCUGCGGAAGGUGGAGAGCGACAAGCGGCGCUCGGAGGCCAAGACGGCGAGGGAGAUCGACAUGUUCCACCAGUCCAAGCUCGACGCCAGGAGGGAGGAGUCGUUCCUCGAGCGGCUCGAGAGGGCCGCACAGCAGCCCAACAAACGCAAGGAGGCCUCCUUCACACCCAAGCAGGUCAGCCACACCUGUGGCACUACAUGGGCCGUUCCCCUCGCUGCUGUCGCUGAACGCUUUGUGGCUGUCAGUUGCUCAACUCCAACAUGAUAAUCAAAAAGAAGAGGAAAGUCAUGGGACAAGGGGAAGGGGGAGGGGGACACACGGGACAAGGCAGCAGCGACGCCCCGCCGCCCACCAGCGGUCAUUCUGCUGACCGUGGCAAGGGGCGCUCGGAGGCCACAGCCGCCUUGCCGUCUGAUGCUGCUCCGGCAGUUGCUGCUGGCGGCACAGAUCGUGUGUGUGAGGGCCAGGCUGGCGGGCAGAAGGGCAGUGAGGCGCGUGAAGAGAGCUGUAGGGAGGGUCAGGGUGGGAGGGGACUGGCAGAUCUGCUCGGAUAUGACGAUGACGAAGAUGAAUGAAUGAACGAAUGGCUGACAGAUCCAUUGUGUGAAUGCAUGUGUCCUUUGUCGUGACGGAAAGACCCAGAGACGCAGAGGCGCGGGGUCAAGGGUUUAGGGUUCCCACGAUCAAUUUUUCCUUUCCCUCCCGACCCGAUUCCCUUGGAGUCGUCAAUCGACGCCACACGGAGCUUUCCACACCGUCAGGAUAACAUCAGCUGGUGGGGCCACCACAGCAAGCAUCCCGGCCCACCCCCACCAGACCGCAGCCGCCAACCGCCAUCACAGCUGGCUGCCUUCUGACCACAAGACCAGACCCAUCCCAUCCCAGCACAGGGUAUCAGAUCACAUCACCAUCAUGACGGAGCGUGAGCUGUCGCAGGCCAUCGAGUUUGUGCCCAACCGGCUGUAUUGGGUGACCGUGGGCACCAUCCCCCGCAACACGCCAAACACACACUUCUUCUCUAUCGACAAUGAGCUCUUCUACGAGCCCUUCUUCGCUGAUUUUGGACCGCUGAACCUCGCCUGCACAUACCGAUACUGCAAAACCGUCGAGAAAAAGGUCGGUCAACGAGCGGAAUGAAUGACACACACAAACAGGGGGGACGAGUGGGCCGUGUGUGAUGUGUGUGCAGUUGAGCGAGCCCCUGUUGGCGAACAAGCGAAUCAUCCAUUACUGUUCGCAGGACCCCCACAAGCGGGCCAAUGCGGCGUAUCUGAUCGGCGCCUUCAUGAUUAUCGUCAUGAAGAAGAGCGCCGACGACGCCUACCGCCCCUUCGUGGGCGUCUACCCCCCGUUCCUCCCAUACCGUGACGCGACUUACGGCAUCUGCACAUACCACUGCACCAUCUUCGACUGCCUCAAGGGACUCGAGUACGGCAUCAAAGUACGUAGGUAGCUAUACGGCCGGCCGGACACACACUCAGUCACAUGGCUGGGCGGCUGUUGUUGUGUUUGUGCUGGGGUGUGUGUGUGCAGCUGGGCUGGUUCGACUACGACACGUUUGAUCUGGCCAAUUAUGAGUACUAUGAGCGCAUCGAAAACGGUCGGUCAGAUGAGUGGAGUGGAGCCCCUUCAUGAGCAGAGGAGGGAGAGGCAGUCUGUGCGUGUUGUGUGUGUAUCAAUCAGGUGAUCUGAAUUGGAUCAUUCCCAAGAAGUUUGUGGCGUUUUCGGGCCCCUCUGCGACCAACAACGAUGAGGACGGCUUCAGAACACUCACACCAGAGGACUACGUGGGCAUUUUCAAGAAACUCGUAAGUGAGCCGAGCCAGCCGUGUCUCCCUCUCGCCGACCGAUAUAUGCUCAGUCUAUUCAUCUCUGUGGUCAUCAGGGUGUGACGACCGUCAUUCGGUUGAACAAGAAACAGUAUGACCGAAGGGUAAGCUUGGAUCAGGAGAACGAACCGAACCGAAGCAACCGAGCCGCAGCUGUGCUGUCCGCUUGUCGUCGUGUGUUUUUCCUCUCUCCCUGUCUCUCUCUCUCUGUCCUUGCUGUGUGUGGCAGCGUUUCAUCGAGUCAGGUUUGAAUCACGUCGACCUCUAUUUCGUCGACGGCUCAUGCCCAUCAUGGUCACUCACAAAGAGAGAGGAAACGGGCACACACAAAACACACACAGCUGUGCACACACCACACGGCCCCGGAGUGUGUCGUGUCUGCCUGUCUGUCUGUCUGUCUGUGUGUGUGCAGGGACAUCAUUCGCAAGUUCCUGGACAUCGUCGAGGCCGAGCCAGGUGCGAUCGGGGUCCACUGCAAGGCGGGACUCGGACGCACCGGCACACUCAUCGGCGCAUACGCUAUCAAAAACUAUCGGUCAGGCAGACAGACAGACAGACAGACAGGGCGGGGCACGACGUCUCAUCCAUCCCAUCUCGUGUGGGCUGGACUGCUGAUGAGUUCAGCUUUCCAGCGGCGUACUGGAUCGGGUGGAACCGCAUCUGCCGACCCGGUAGCGUGCUCGGGCCCCAGCAGCACUUCAUCUGCGAUAUACAGGUCGGUCGGGCAAGUCAGGUCCGCAUGCAGACCUCUCGGAGAGGGAGGGACCUGUGUGCAUUGUGUCCUUGUGUUGGGUGUGCCCUGUCUGUGUGGUUGGAUGGAUAGAAUGAGUUGAUGCAGAUGGGCAUGGCUCAGCGGGGCCUCCGGCUGCCCAUCGGCGACCCGACGGCACCAUCCUCACCGGAGUCCUCGCCCAUGAGGAAAGGACAAGGACAGGUGCCUUAAGCAGUGCAGUCAGUCAACCAUUGGCCCAAGAGCUAUCUCAUCCUCAUGUUUGUCUGUCUGUCUGUCUGUCUGGGUGGCUGGCUGGCUGGAUUGGGUGUGUCUAUGUCUGGCUUCAGAUGUCUCCCGAGGAGCGACGCAAGGCCGAGCAGGGAGACCUCGGCCAAGGCGACCGGCUCGUCAACGCCAAACGGUCAACACACACACACACACACUCACACAGAUGCCUGGUUCGAUGUCUCUGUGUGUGUUUGUCUGGCAUGCAUGGGUCAGUGGUUCGCCUCGGCAUGGCGGUGGCAGUGCGACGAGUGCGGGCGGCAGCACAGCAGCGUCCCCCACGUCGGCGAGCAGCACGCCCUCGGGCUCACCCACACAGACCAAGACACAAACCACCAGCUCACAGGGAUUCAAGUAAGCUAGUGCGGACGGGAGGGAGAGGGAGAGGGAGAGGGAGAGGGACAUGCCUCGUGUGUGGUGUGGUUCGUGUGCAUUCAGUCGGGCGAUAUUUGGGCGCAGACUAAGAGACCACUGACGAUUAACGCUGCCUUCCUACACGUGCUGAUAAACAGCCACAUGCUCCUUCCCCUCUCUCAGAGCAAAGCAACACAGGUCGAUAUCCAUGUCUCUGUCAGGUUGCGUGUCUCUGGCUUGUGCUGUACCACCGCGUGUUUCAAGCGUGACGAAAAGGCAAAGCGGCGGACCAAAUAAAUACAUACAUUGGAGGGAGGGAGGGAUGGUGGAUGGUUGAAGGGAGGAAAGGAGGAAUGCCGGCGGUGAGCAAGGAGGCAGAUUGUGUGGUGGGGUGGGAUGGUCGGCUGGCCGGCCAUUGUUGAUUGAAAAUGCAGUCAGUCAGACAGUCCAUGCAUCCGUCGACCCUCGUGCAUAUGAGAUGGUUGCCUGUGCGUAUCCAUGGCUUGACUCCUGUCUACACGAAUGUCUACACGUAUCCAUGGGCGGACCCUCCAUCCCUGACUGACUGACGUCAAGCACACACAUACCAG